CAGGGGAGAAGCGGGUUUGUUUUUGAAUCUGCGGAGGCGGUGGCAGCGGCGGCGGCGGCAGGCGGCGCAGACAGGGGAGUGUGCGCGACACUGAGGUGACGAGUUUGAGAGACGCCAGUGCGGGGCGGACUGCAGGAAGGAGCUUGGCCCUCCCUGCCGCAUCUCCAGCCCCAAAAGAUUCAAAAUGGAAAGUACAGAAGAACCUCAGAAAAAAAUCUUUAAAGCCCGAAAAACAAUGAGAGUGAGUGAUCGUCAGCAACUUGAAGUAGUAUACAAAGUCAAAGAAGAGCUACUAAAAACUGAUGUCAAACUGUUAAAUGGCAAACAUGAAAAUGGUGAUUCUGACCUAAAUUCACCAUUAGAUAAUACUGACUGUAUAGAUGGUAAGGAGGUGAAUGGCAUAGAAGAUGUUUGUUUGGACCUUGAAGAAAGGAAGUCCGAACUGAAGGAACCCUCCCCUAAUUUCUUAAAUAUUGAUGUAAGAGAAGAGGAUGAAAAUUCAAGUCUAAAAUGUGAAACAGCAUCUCCUGAAGACAUAAUUUAUGAACCAGAAAAAGACACUGUCCCUGAAACUGAUAACAUAAUUCCUAAUAGCAAUAAAGAUGAUGAUGAUGAUGAUGAUGAUGAUGAUAUCCUUGAAAAAAAUAGCACAGAUGAUGAAAAUUUGGACCAAAGAGAAAGAGAGAGCCCACUUGAAGACAAAACUAUAGUUAGUGAUAAUAUUGAAACUGAGGAAGAAAAACUGGAAACAAAUAAUGUACCUAUUAGUUCUGAACUUCCUACUGAAGGUGAAAAGAAUAUGGAUGAAAAUCCUGUUACAGAGUCAGCUUUUGAAGAAGAAGCAAUAUCUAGCAGUAUGGAAAUAGGCAAAGAUGCAAAAAGUGAAGAUGAGAAAUCUCCAGGUCUUCCAGAAACCACUGAUGAAAAUGUUCAAGAUGAUAAAAAUGAGAAAAUUUUAGACAACACAGACUCUAUGGAGACAGAUGAAAUUAUUCCCAUUUUGGAAAAGCUGGCUCCUGCUGAAGAUGAACUUAGCUUUUCUAAAACUUCUCUCAUUCCACUUGAAGAGACAAACUCAGAUUUGGGAGAAAAAUUGGAAAAUUCUCUAGGUUCGCCAUCCAAACAAGAGAGUAGUGAGAGUUUGCCGAAAGAAGCUUUCUUGGUACUCUCUGAUGAAGAGGAAGCUUCUGGUGAAAAAGAUGUUGAAGUUGUCUUGCCAAAUGAAUCAAGUUCUCCAGUAGAAACAGAGACAAAAGAAAAGGAUUCAAAAAUAGAAGAAGAAAAGGAAGCUCAUAAAGAAGAAGAAAGGCCUGGAAAAAAUGAAUUGUUGUCACGGAGAAAACGAUCCAAAUCAGAAGAUAUGGAUCAUGUGCAGUCUAAGCGUCGUCGAUAUUUGGGAGAAGAGUACGAAGCAGAACUCCAAGUAAAGAUUACAGCAAGAGGAGACAUUAACCAGAAACUCCAAAAGGUUAUACAGCGGCUAUUAGAAGAAAAACUGAGUGUUCUGCAGUAUGCCGUGUUUGAUAAGACCUUGGCAGACCUGAAAAUGCGUGUGGAAAAGAUUGAAUGUAAUAAGAGGCAUAAAACUGUUCUUACUGAAUUGCAGGCUAAAAUAGCCAGGUUGACCAAACGCUUCGGAGCAGCCAAAGAGGACCUUAAGAAAAGACAAGAAAAUCCACCAAAUCCACCCGUGUCACCAGGGAAGUCAUCUGCAAAUGAAGUUGUCAGCAUUAAUACUUUAACGUAUAGAAAUGCUGGCACAGUGAGACAGAUGCUGGAGUCUAAGAGAAACAUAGGAGAAAGCACACCAUCACCUUUUCAAGCCCCUGUCAAUACAGUAUCUUCAUCCAGCCUUACCACCCCUCAGACAGUGGUCAGUGGUCAACCUAAAUCUCAAACUCCAGUAACCUCUGGUUCCUUGACGGCAUCAGUUCUUCCUGCACCAACUACGGCUCCAGUAGUUGCUUCUACCCAGGUGUCCAGUGGAAAUUCGCAACCCACAAUAUCUUUACAGUCUUUGCCGGUGAUCUUACAUGUACCUGUUGCAGUAUCUUCCCAGCCUCAGCUCCUACAAGGCCACACAGGGACUUUGGUCACUAAUCAACAGCCUGGCAAUGUUGAAUUUAUUUCUGUGCAAAGUCAGUCUACGGUUAGUGGUCUUACCAAAAAUCCAGCGCCCUUGCCAUCAACAAACCCCAUUAAACCAAAUAACAACCCAUCUGUACCCAGUCCUAGUAUUCAGAGGAACUCUCCGGCCAGUGCUGCAUCAUUAGGAACAACACUUGCAGUACAGGCUGUUUCAGCAGCACACCCUAUUGCACAAGCCACAAGGACUUCUUUACCUGCAGUAGGUACUUCAGGACUGUAUAAUCCAGCCAGCAAUCGAAGUUCCAUACAGAUGAAAAUUCCACUUGCUGCAUUUGGUACUACUUCUGCUGCUGAGCCUAGCAGUACUGCAGUUCCAUCUAGAGUUGAAAACCAGACCAACAAAACCACAGAUGCUUCUGUGAAUAAGAGACCAGCUGAGAAUACACCACAGAGUGGAAAAGCCACAGGCAGUGAUUCAGGAGGUGUCAUUGAUCUUACAUUGGAUGAUGAAGAAGUUGGUACUUCACAAGAUCCAAAAAAACCAAGUCAUGCCCCUGUGUCAGCAGUGAGUCAGUCUGCACAGCCUCUUCCUCGUCCAUUACAACCCUUGCAGCCUGCCCCUUUGCAGCAGGCUGGGGUACCAACAAGUGGACCAUCCCAAACGACCAUACACCUGCUACCUACAGCUCCAACCACGGUGAAUGUAACACACCGGCCAAUGACUCAGGCUACUACCAGACUCCCUGUUCCAAGAGUUCCUACUAAUCACCAAGUGGUUUAUACCACUCUUCCUGCACCACCAGCCCAAGCUCCAGUCAGAGGAGCAGUUUUGCAAAACUCUGCUGUACCUAUACGACAGGUCAACCCUCCAAAUGGGGUCACAGUGCGAGUGCCUCAAGCAGCUACAUACGUUGUAAAUAAUGGACUAACCCUUGGAUCAGCAGGGCCUCAGCUAACAGUGCAUCACCGACCCCCACAGGUGCAUCCUGAGCCAGCUCGCCCUGUGCAUCCAGCACCCCUACCAGAAGCCCCUCAACCACAACGUCUGCCCCCAGAAGCUGCCAGUACUUCCCUUCCUCAGAAGCCACACUUGAAAUUAGCUCGGGUACAAAGCCAGAAUGGCAUCGUGCUGUCAUGGAGUGUCCUGGAAGUGGACCGUAGUUGUGCCAGCGUAGAUAGCUACCACCUCUAUGCUUACCAUGAGGAUCCCAGUGCCACAAUGCCAUCACAGUGGAAGAAAAUUGGGGAGGUAAAAGCACUUCCUCUGCCUAUGGCAUGUACUCUCACUCAGUUUGUUUCUGGCAGCAAAUACUACUUUGCUGUCCGAGCCAAGGACAUUUAUGGACGUUUUGGACCUUUUUGUGAUCCCCAAUCAACGGAUGUGAUCUCUUCCCAGAGCAGUUAAACGUUCGGAGCCUUUACAUCUGUCUCUCUUUUAAGAGUUCCAUUUUUUUUUUUUUGUCUUGUUUUUAAUCUUGUGCAUGAUAUUCACUGUAAAAUCCACAUUCUGCAAGAUUUCUUGGACAGAUGUGUGUAAUACACUACAUACAUUUAUAUCCAGAAGUAAAAUAAACUCUCAGUCCACAAAGCAAGAACUAUUUUCCUGGACAUUUCAAGCUUCAGGAUUUUGAAGUAUAAAUGUGCACCUUCCUUUUAGUGUUGAGAUUUGGGGGACAUUUUGUGUGUGCGCGCAUGUGUGUGUGCACACGCGCACAUGUGUGUAUGUUUCUUUCCUAUUUGUUUGUUUGAUUCAUUGCAGCAGUUGCUCCUCUUUACAUCCUCAAAUUUACCUCUGUUCCAGUAUAGAGUGUAAAGGUCAAGGAGAAAAUAGCAUGAACAGUUAGGAUUUUGCUCCUUAAUGAGGGUGGGUUCGUACUUUGCACUACAUAAGUGAAGCUAAACAUAACCCAAAGAAACAAUCAAACAAAAAGCACAUGUGAACUAAUUUUCCAGUAGGCUAAUUCAAACAUAGACAUAGAUUUCUUCAUAUUUUUCUUAACUUGGGUUCCUUUCCUAGUCUCUGCUUAAGGUUUGACUGGGGAAAAAAGAAUAUUUUUCUUCUGAACUACUCACUCUCUGCCCUAAGGAUAUGUUCUCAAAAUGCAAACAUCGAUGAAGGAAAAGGACAUUAAUUCUGGUCAGUUUUAGUGAAAGUACAUAGUAAAGAUAAAAAGACUCCUGCUUGAAUCUGAGAACAUCUCUAGGCCAUUUAAUAUCUGCUUAAUUAACAAUCCCUCUCUGUCCUUCCCAUCUCUCUUACCAAUUCUUUUAAAUUUAUUUUGUGCCUUAAAGAUUAACUGUAAAAACCAACAUGGCCAUAUCUCCAUUGCUGUUUACUUUUUUCCCUUUGAAAUUUUCAUUUUAUAUCUUCAUUUUUCCCCUAACUUCAAAAUAGGAUUUUUUUUUCUAUGACAAGGUUUUGGGGUUAGGGGAAACAAAACCUUAGGCUCUUUUAUGAUUCUUAUCCCAUGGUAUCAUUAGGUCUACUCAAAAUUCGUGAAUAAGCUAUCUGUCUUCCCUCUCCCUCCUUAUAAUAUAUCCAGAAUUUUGAUUGUUACUACCAGUUUAGCUGACUGCAUGCAGUGUGUGGACUGAAAUUUUACCUGGUUUUAUUUUAAAAGCAUCAUCCUCAAGACAUCUUUUUGCAUCGACAUUGCCUACUUGCAACAAAGAUUAACAAGGCAAUUCUGGCUUACUGUUACCAUAAAUUUUUAAUAUUCUCUUAGUUUUAGAGUAGCAAAAUCAUUUCCAAUAACUAAGACCCAAGGUAAAGUUUAAAGUUAGCUUUAUAAACUUGUUAAACUUACUAUCUCAAUGGUUUAGAGCAACCUGUGUGCUAUUUUAAAAUAAAUCAAGUGGAGAAUGGUUCACAUCUUUUCUCACAUCAUUCUUAUAGACCUGUUCUAAGCGGUCAUGCAAAUAAAGAUUUUUUUAUCUUUUGAUGGUGCCAAGGUAACAGUUAGAACUGCCCUCAUAAAAUUUUACAUACGCUUUGUUCAGAAUUAAAGGUGUAUCUUUUGGUAUUGUUUUAUUUAGCAUACUUUUAUUUAAACUCCUGGGAAUCAUAAUUUAGCUCCAAGGAAUACAGCCUUAGAUCAUGAUUUAUUUGUUUUUUAAAUGUUAACCAUAUUGGUAUUCAACAGGUAUUGGGAAUAGAUAUGUUGGUGGGGAUGGAGGGUUGGAAUAAGUUGGAAGAGGUAGGAGAGGGUUAUAAAAGACUUACUUAGUCUGUGAAAUAACUUUCUAAAUUUGCUAUGUUGGUGGCUUUAUUCCUGCCAUCUCAUUUUCAAAAAUCUAAUUCUGAGAUUUAUAACUUUUCUUAAAGCAUAGGAGAGGGCUAACUUUGCUCUCCUCCUGUCUUUUUUUGUAUAUCUUUAAUGGUUUGUAGUUGGGCCUGUAAAGAAAUUAUCUUCUGAGAGAGUUCACAUUUAAUGUAACCUGUUAGCGUGAACAAUAUAGGCUUGGUGCUGAACAAAGCCUUUCUGACUACUGAUUGCCAAUAAUGUAAUGCUCUGAUGCCUUCCUUUCACUUUCAAGGAAUAAGACUAAAUGAGAAUUAGGAUUGUAAUAAAGCCAAUUGGUUCUUUUAUUGUUUUUAUAGUGAGUAUGCAUAGAGCCAGUUCUUGCCAACUAUGGGCCUUGUAGUCAUUCUAGAACAUUUUUCAGGGUGACAGUAAAGCAGUUGCCAGUGUCACACCACAGAACAUUGGGGUAGAAAUUUCAUUUGGAAGAGAUGUCCUAUUUUAUAUAUGUAUAUAAACAUAUACAUACUUCUACAUGUAUAUAUAAAAAUUUUUAACAAUCAAAAAGAGUUUCUUAUGUUUUCAUGAUGAUUCUUGACUACAGCAUGCCCAUCUUUGACAAUGUUCAUUAUUGGCUUGUUUAAUGGUUAUGUGACACCCACCUAUUUGCUGACUUUGCCAGGAAAAAUAUGUUGCCUGGAGUGAUCAGUAUGACUUUACAUUUAUUAACACUAAUUUUUAUGACAAAAGCCUUCCUAGUAUGAAGACAUAGAAGUCAGGUAGCAAAGCCAAGCAAGUGAAAAUAGAUUUCCUUAUUUAGCCUGUUUUCCCAUUGUGUGUUUUGUCAAAGGAAAACAAUAGGAAAUCUCAAAUAGUAAUCCUGAAAAUUACUUUGUAAAAUUUUGUUUCCCUUAAUAAAAUAAGGCAAAAAUAAUACUCUGAGCUUUUUCUUGUUCCAAACAGUGGAAGGAAGUUGCAAAGAGAAUUGCAAUAAUUUGGAGAUGGCAAAUUAUGGACUUUCAGUCCUCAUGUAGAACAAUAUUCAAUAUGUGUAAUUUUAUUGUUUUAGUUAUUAAUGGUCUGAUUACAAGUGUUUAGACAUAACCAGUGGAUUGAUAGUACAUUUAAGUCUAUUAACUGCAGCCAUCCCUCAAACUAGUACCCCUAUGGGGUCUGAAGGCAGCAGCUGAUUGAAUGUGCAAAAAGGGGUCAAGGCUAAAACUUAAAGCACUUCUCAUUCUUGGCUAGUGUCACUUUGAGAGUUUGGGCUUUUGAUGUUACUUUUAGGGAAAAGCUGAGAUCACAAAUAACUAGAAGUAGCCACUUUGAACAGUUCUGCUCUGGUUAAGAGUUACACUCCAUGAUACCUCUUUACUCCAUGGUACCUUUUCACAGAGUAUUAUAAGCUGGAUUUUCACAUUAUGGGAAUGCAAGCUUGCUAUGUUUUUAGUAUGGCACUCUCUCUCUAAGUGUUGCCCUGUUGGAAAUCUUGAGAAUUUUAAGGAUUUUUAACUUGAAAUGUAGUAACAAUUUAGUUGACUUUUGAAGUGGCAGUGCUGUUUUUGUUUUGUUUUGUUUUUUCAAUUUUUGUACUUUGUCAAAUUAAUGGUUCACCCUGUUUUAAGUGUGAUUAUUCCUUUCAGAAAUUUUGUUCUUGCCAGUAAAUAUGUAAAUGGAACAUGGACUCCACCUAAUCAUAAAUAUAACUUUAACCCUCCUUCAUUUCUCAAUAUGAAGAAUACUGUGAUACUUUCCCAAAAACUUGUUUGUGGUGGAGUUGUGGCAAAUAGUUUCCUUUCUGUUGGAAGCUGACUGUUCACUGGGAGUGACCCUUUCUUUUCCUCACUCAUUUUUUCCCUUUUUAUGAUAGCUGGUAAUAAGUACCUCUGAAGAAACCUCCUAAAACAAGGAACUUGAGAUAAUUUGCAAUCUUAGGGUACAUAAUGUCCUUUAUACAAAGCUACUCCAAAAGUGGCUUGAUUGCUUUGUACAAUUUUCUCAAUUCUGUUAAGUGUUAACUUCGUUUUUGAUUUUUAAUUUCUGUAAUUUACAAUGGAAAAGGCAAAUUAUAGCAAGUCCUACCUACUACCAUUUAUGUAGUGUUAGUAGUACUGCAUGAUCUUUAUAAUGUGCUCUUCAUCUUUGGUCUCUGAAAGUUUUCCAGUACUGUACAAAAUUGAGAGAGAAAAGUAAUGCCUGUGGUGUCCUUCACCUUCUCUGCACACUGUGAUCCUUACACAGAAUUAUUGCAAACCUCCAAGUGUUCUCUUCCCAGCUUCCCUUCUCCUUGGGCCAUUUCUGUCACUAUCCUGUGAUUUCUCAUUAUGAUGCAGAUCUGUGUGUGAACCUAGUUUUGCUCUAAUUCCCAAAAUAACCAUGUCCCAGUAUUAGAUAGAUAACUGCAAAUAACACUAUCCAAAAGCAAGCUAUGAACCUGCCUUCCUAAGUAUUUACAUUUAGGAAACUGUAAAGUCUUUUUAUCUUUUAGUGGGGUGUUGGGGUAAAUACAAGUGUUGGCAACUUAAAGGAGUUCAGAUGAGGUUGUUAGUAUGACAGCCAUAUUUGUUAAUCAAUAUUCAUCCCCUUGAGCCAGCAGAUGGGGAGUCUAAGUGCUACAAAAAUGAACUCAAGAACAGAAAUGAAAUGUUUUGUCUUUUCAUUUUCAAAUUACUUUGUCAUUAUCAUGUUAAAAUCAGUUUCUUCUUGUUUCUCUUUUGUUGUAUAUGUAGGCUGAGUACUUACUUUUUCUAUUUAAAUGCUGUCUGGUUUUAAAGAGUUUUGUUUGUAAAUAAAGUUUCUGAGCUACCAUCCUACAUUUGGGGAUCCAGGCUUUAGUAAUUUAUCAGCCAUUUAAAAAUUAAAUAUAAGAAUAAAUACUUUGUAGGAAACUUGGAGCCUGAUUUUUUUCUUUUUUUUCUUUUUUUGCAGCUGAAGGUGUAAAUAAUAUAAGAUAAUGUAGGACCUACCCAAAGCCCACUGUACAUUGGGCUUCUGCAAGCUGUCCCUAUUUUUAUUAGGUUUUGGGAUUUUUUUGUUUUGUUUUUGUAUGUUUGAUAGAUUAGUGUCUGUACAAGUGUUAUCUGUAGUGGGGUUUUGUCCAACAAGCCCGAAAUUUAUACUUUGAAAUAAACUACUGGGUUUUUAACAUUGA